AGAAGAUGCCACUUGAACUAGACGACAAUUUUUGUUAGCUAUCCACAAGGAAAUGUCUGUCAGAGGGAUUACUUUGUUUUUUCGAAAUUGUACAACUCUGAAGUUAUUUCGUUAAUCCUGAAAGGUCAUAUUUUAAAUACACUAGCUUUAAUACCAUCGGAUAUAUGUGUGUAAUUGAGUUUAGUAGAAGUCAAUUUGGCUAAUGGGAAACGGAUUAUUCAGAGAAUCUUGCCUUCUCGUGGACUUGCUGCUCUAUGUAAUUAUUCGCUGCUGUACUGUUAGCUACUAACGUUAGCUAGUGAUAACGCCUGAUAGUUAGUUAGCUAAAUCGUUUAAGAAAUUUGGGACCGUUGUGAUAGUAACUUGAGGGAGGCUUUUACAAGAUAACUUCUUUAUUGGACGGAAUACGACGAAAGUACAAGAAUAUAAAUAACGUUAAAUUAAAGUUGUUUCGAGCGAAAAUGAUUUUUUUUUAAACCAUCAGCUAGCAUCUAGUUGACAGGGAUAUCCGUGGAAAUUGGGUAUGGUGUGAAAUAACUUGCUAACGUUACCUACUUUCGAUUUGUUUAACCAUAUAAUUUAACAUACCAAGUUAACGAUGCGGGAUUCAACAGGGAAUUUCAGUGUUCUCCAUAGAACAUGCAAGUUGGUCGUCCUUCUAUGUUUUUUCCAUAUUUCGGUCACUUUCAUUUUUUACGUGAGGUCGUUAGAUUUUCGUUUUGCAUUUGCGAAGCACGACCAAACUGCAUCAAAGGACACAGUACCUGACGCGUUUGAAACGAACCACUUUUCUGUAGACAACGUGACUACAAUCACCAAAGAACUUGGAAAAUGUCCUGACACAUCGCCACUGCUUGUUGGCCCACUGCGAAUUGAGUUCUCCAACCCAGUCAGCCUGGAUGUGGUAAGGAAGGAAAACCCCAAUCUUAAGAAUGGGGGGCGCUUCAAGCCCAAAGACUGCGUGGCCCUCCAGAAGGUGGCCAUCAUCAUCCCUUUCCGCAACCGCGACGAGCACCUCAAGUUCUGGCUCUACUACCUCCACCCCAUCCUUCAGCGACAGCAGUUGGACUAUGGCGUCUAUGUCAUCAACCAGGACGGUGAUGAGGUCUUUAACCGUGCCAAGCUCCUCAACGUUGGCUUCUCGGAGGCCCUGAAGGAGUACGAGUACGGCUGCUUUGUGUUCAGUGACGUGGACCUCAUCCCCAUGGAUGACCGCAACACCUACAGGUGCUUCAGCCAGCCCAGGCACCUGUCUGUUUCCAUGGACAAGUUUGGCUUCAGAUUGCCGUACAACCAGUACUUUGGAGGCGUGUCGUCAAUGAGCAAGGAGCAAUUCCUCAAGAUCAACGGCUUCCCCAACAACUACUGGGGCUGGGGAGGGGAGGACGACGACAUUUUCAACAGGCUGAACUCCAAGGGGAUGACCAUCUCACGGCCCAGCGGAGCCGUGGGGAAAUGCAGGAUGAUCCGCCACAACCGGGACGGUGGGAACGAAGACAACCCACAGAGGUUCGACCGCAUCGCCCACACCAAGGAGACCAUGAACAAAGACGGCAUCAAAACCCUGUCGUACAAAGUGGUGAAAGUGGAGAAGGAUCAAUUAUACACCAAAAUCACUGUGGACGUGGGGGAAAAAAUGACUCGGCAAACCAAUUAAAACCUGAACAGCCUUGACAACCAAUUUGCCACUGUGGUGGAUGCUGUAACCAAAUGUGCCUUGACACUAUAAAUAAUCAUAUGCCUUGGACUCUUUGGACCAUAGAGAAUGACUGAUCUAAUCAGCAAACAAACAUGUUCCCCAAUAUUCCCUUUAUUUUCGGCCUUUGCACAUCCGAUGGUGAAUUGAACUGGGAUUCCAGCGUUUCCAUCAUAGGAUCCUUAAAUCGUUGACACCAGGAAUGAGAGUUGACAUUCCGUACAUUGACACACUGUCGGGGUCCUAUCAGGCUGAUAUGGCCCCCACUCUCUACCUGGAGACGGCUGCUGAGACCAAGUCCUUUGUGAGCCAUUUUGUCUUGAGGGGGAGGUUGUGAAAUGUCUAAUUGAUUGUCCUAUGCAUCGGGGACUCUCAAAUAAUGCGUUUUGUCAUAUGCAUCUCUUUGCAAUACUGUGGAUGUUGUCGGGCCAAAGAUGGAACUCUGCAAUUCGGAGGUCAAUAACAAACGAAAUCACUUAGGUUUUGUUAAGACAAUCAAUCUUAAAGGAUUUUUGUACUUUGAUGUUCCAUCAAGAUUUUGAACUUACCCCAAAGGGCCUAGAAUUCCAAAAACAAAUAGUUGAAAAGGCCAAAUCCCAUGAUAUUUACGUUAGGCAUUCUAAUUCUCACUGCUAAGGGUCCUUAAAGGAAAAUAUUUGGGUAUUUGUUUCGUUAGUCUAUUGUUGAUAUAGUCCUAAAAUGUUUUGCAUGUCAGCAAUCAAGUUUUCAAGAUGUAUAACUUUCGAAAUACAGCCAGUAUGAUGCAUUUUGCAUCAUAUAGUUUUUAGGAGUAUUUUGAACUAUGUGAAAAGCUCUCUUGAAAGUGUCUCUGCUGAAGCUCCCUUCCCUGUGAAGACCACCAUUCAAGGUCGCCUGUAAGGAGGCCUCUCCCUAGUUGGAAAAAGAGGCACCUGAAUGUAUUGCCUGGUGGUGUUGUGAUUGUGUGCCCUGAGGUAAAAUGAUACUGCGCUGUUGUCUAUCACGAGAGUCUGGUGUUGUGAUGUUUUUUUUUUAGUCUGAGAUGGGGGUUGGGGGGGGGGCUAAAAAUAAUCCUCUUGUAUUCAUUGUAUGUCUUUAAGGAAGUGUGAGGGUUAGAAAACUUUAUUUUUUGGGGGCCUCGAUGUAGUAACCAAACCACAGGAGGUUGGUGGCACCUUAAUGAGGGAGGACAGGCUCGUUGUAAUUGCUGGAGCGGAAUGGGGGGGGGAAUGGUAUCAAACACUUGAUUUCCAUGUGUUUGAUGCCAUUCCAUAUGUUUGAUGCCAUUCCAUGUGUUUGAUGCCAUUCCCUUUGUUCCGUUAUGGUUAUUAUUAUGAGCCGUACUCCCCUCCGCACCACAUGCCACCACGGGUCCUUAUCGUUCCUCAUAUACAUUGAAAACUACACAAGAUUGUGCGCUAUGAGGCAUGGCGUUGCACACGUACAGUUAGUAACUCCAAUCUUAUUGAGGAAAAUAGCCAUUGCGAUUUCUGACUGGAGAAUAGAUAUAAGUGUGAUUGUCUGUCCAUACUUAGGCUUCCAUGUUUGCCAUUCCUCUUCUGACAGAAUUAAGAAGCAAUCAGCCCUUGAAGAAUCUGUAAAAUGACAGUCUUUUUUGCCUUAACCAAAUAAACUUGAAAAUAUAAAUUAAUUGGUCAACUUUGAAACAUUAGGAGAUAUGGGUGUACAUUAACCGCUAAAGCUAAGUCAGUAAUUCCCUAGCUGUUCCCCAAAAGUGUUUCCCAAGAUGCUGAACUAUAGUUAGCCGUUUCCCAAGAUGCUGUACUAUAGUUAGCCGUUUCCCAAGAUGCUGAACUAUAGUUAGCCGUUUCCCAAGAUGCUGAACUAUAGUUAGCCGUUUCCCAAGAUGCUGAACUAUAGUUAGCCGUUUCCCAAGAUGCUGUACUAUAGUUAGCCGUUUCCCAAGAUGCUGAACUAUAGUUAGCCGUUUCCCAAGAUGCUGAACUAUAGGGUCUUUGGGCCCGGUCAAGAAAGCCACAUCACAGGCUUAUUCAACUAUGGUGAAACGUUGCAAAUCGAAAUCCUUCAUAUAGAAUGAGCACAAUGUACAUAGCAAAUAGAGGUUUGUGUCAGCUCUAUGCAACACAGUUCUAUACUCAAAAUGGGGAGUGUUUGCCACAUUGAAUAAGCCUAAGGAAAGGCCUGGUCACCACAUACCUCUUCACUCUGUCUGGUAGCUACGUACAGACACUCGAAGACAUGGGAGUAGUCCCAUGAUGUGCAGUCUUGCUAUUUAAGCCUGGCAUGCAGGGCUGCAUUAUGUGCAAUGCAUAGCAUUAUAUACUUCUCUCAAUCCACCUAAAGAUUAAUUUUCAAGGUUGAAAACCAGUGUCUUUUAUAGGUUGGCUGAAGCCAGGUUUGUUUCUCCCAAAGACAAUGGCCUUUGUUGAGAAAGCCAGCAUUAUGUAUGCCAAGUGUGAAUUCAGUUUGUUUUACAAUAGUUAGCUGGCUAAUCUGUAAGGCUUCUAUCUUUUUACUUUUCAUGUUUUCCAUUAUGAUUCAAUGUGUGCAUGUAUGCUUGUGAUUUCUACAAAUGCAUGUGUCUUUGUAUGUCUUUUUCUGGUUUAACAAUUUCAUUCAAAAAUACAUUUCCUGGUUUGUGGGAAUGUUGGUGAAGAUGAAACAACUCAUGUUUAGGUCAUUAAAAUCUUUGAUUUAUGUAAA